UGCGCUGUUUUUUUUUUUAUGUCCUUGUGGUUAGUAAUAAAUCCUGCCCCCUCUGGAAGCGGUUCCCUGGAGUCUAUUUAAGAAAUGGAGCAACCAAACUUCCCUGAAAAGGUUUUUUAGAGCUGAUCUACUUGAACGUCGCUAUUAGCCACCCUGAGAUUAUCAAAUGUCUCAAAUCCUUCAAACUGGAGUAUUUUUACUAAGAAAAACCUACAACACAACCUGGUACAGGAGUUGCUCAAGCUUUGCAAAGAUGAUGCGGGCAGUUUGCGUUGAUGUCCCAGGAGGACCAGAGAAUCUGGUGCUGCGGUCCAUCCCAAGACCUGAGCCUAAAGAUGGAGAGGUCCUGAUAAAAGUCCAUGCAGCUGCCCUCAACAGAGCAGACUUAUUACAGAGAAGAGGUUUGUAUCCUCCUCCUGCAGGUGAAAGUGAUAUCAUAGGUCUGGAGGUAGCUGGAACUGUGGACACUCUGGGUCAGAGACUAAAGCGGAACUGGAAACCAGACGACAGGGUGAUGGCUUUGCUGUGUGGAGGAGGAUAUGCUGAGUAUGUUUCUGUAUCCGAGGAGCUUUUAAUGCCUGUUCCCAACGACCUCACGUUCUGCCAGGCUGCUGCCAUCCCAGAGGCUUGGCUCACUGCUUUCCAGCUGCUGGUCUUUAUAGGUAAACAAAUAAUUGAAAUCCUAAACAGGACACUGACCAUAUAUCUGAUAAAUGAAUUGUGUGAUCUGGCAGGAAAAGGAGCAAAUGUGAUCCUGGACUGCGUUGGUGGGAGUAACUGGGAGAAAAAUGUGAGUUCCCUGGCCGUGGAUGGCAGAUGGGUGCUGUACGGCACCAUGGGAGGCAGGACGGUGGAGGGAGACCUGCUGGGAAAGCUGCUGUCCAAGCGAGGCCACCUCCUUUGCAGCCUCCUGCGCUCUCGCAGCCUUCAGUAUAAAGCAGAGCUGAUUCAGGCUUUUGAGGAAAGGGUGUUGCCAUAUUUCUCAGGGCAGGCUGCCACCCUGAGGCCAGUGAUCGACAGCAGAUUUAAAAUGGAGGACGUUGCAGAGGCUCAUAGACACAUGGAAGCAAACAGAAACAUGGGCAAGAUUAUUAUCAAUGUGACUCUGAGUGAGGAAAAACUCCACCAUUAAUACCUACUGAUGUGAUGCACCUUGAAAAUGUUGAUUUCCCUUAACUCAGAAAAUGUUUUCUUGUUUUUCAUAUUGACUCAGUAAUAAAAUGGUCUGAAUGUGAUUUUUUUUUUUUUGAUGAGCAGUGUUUUUUCUGUUAAGGAUGAUUACCCAAUAUGUA